CUUCAAAUCUUUCUCACACACAAUUCUCUCUUUCCUCUUCAAAUCUUUGUUCUUGUGAGUGAUCCAAAUUGAGUUUCUUCAUUCUUUCUGCAUCCAAAAGACUCUCAAUUGAGUCCCAUUCUCCACAGAGCUCUCUGUUUUUCGCCUCUUUUUCUUCAAUAAUAACGAGCGAAAGAAUAGAAGAGAGGAUGACAAACCAAAAUGUGAUGGUUUCUGAUAUGGCCAUAACGGUGGCUGUCUCCAACUCCUCCCUCUUCCCUCCGGCGUCCCAAAAACCUCCGGCGGUGCCGGGAAGUUAUAUUACCAUUUCAAAUAAAAAGCUUCUUCAGAAUCUUGAUAUCAAUGGCGGUGCAAGAAUCAACGCUUGGGUUGACUCAAUGAGAGCUUCUUCACCCACUCAUAUCAAGUCCUCAGCUCUUUCUGACGAUUUAAACUCUUGGAUUGUGCACCAUCCAUCAGCUCUGGACAUGUUUGAGCAAAUAACGAACGCAUCAAAAGGAAAGCAAAUCGUUAUGUUUUUAGAUUACGAUGGCACAUUAUCCCCUAUAGUGGAUGACCCUGAUAGAGCCUUCAUGUCUAAAGCGAUGAGAGCAACGGUGAGAGAACUGGCUAGAUAUUUUCCCACUGCUAUAGUGAGUGGGAGAUGUAGAGACAAGGUGUAUAGUUUUGUACGCUUGGCAGAACUAUACUAUGCCGGAAGCCAUGGCAUGGACAUAAAAGGCCCAUCAAAAGGUUCCAAAUACAAGAAAGGUGCACAGUCUCUUCUUUGCCAACCAGCCUGUGAAUUCCUUCCCAUGGUUGACGAGGUUUACAAAACACUUUUGGAGGUAGCAAAAUCCACUCCAGGCGCUAAGGUGGAGAACAACAAAUUCUGCGUCUCAGUGCAUUUCCGCUGUGUUGAUGAAAAGAAAUGGACUGAACUAGCACAGCAAGUUAGAACAGUUUUAAAGGAGUAUCCAAAGCUUCGAUUGACCUUAGGAAGAAAGGUCUUGGAAAUUCGUCCUACUAUUAAAUGGGACAAAGGCAAAGCCCUUGAAUUUCUGUUAGAAUCACUUGGAUAUGCAAAUUGUGCCGAUGUUUUUCCUGUUUACAUUGGAGAUGAUCGCACCGAUGAAGAUGCCUUUAAGUUUCUAAGGAAAAGAGGUCAAGGGUUUGGGAUUCUUGUUUCAAAGAUACCAAAAGACACCAAUGCAUCUUAUUCUUUGCAGGAACCUUCUGAGGUGAUGGCAUUCCUGCGUCGAUUAGUGGACUGGAAGAGACAGUUUAUAAUGAGAAGAUGACUUGAAGAGAUAAAAAUGUCUCUACCGAACUGAGAUCGGCGUGUUAUUACAAUCAAGAUGCAUAUAAUAUGUAUUUUCUUGUUAGGUCCAUAAUUCAGAAAUAUUAAGUAUUUUCAUGUUUAAAGUGAAAAUGAUGGGGGAAAAGAGGUAAGAAGAAAAUCUUCUCUCUUGGUAUCAGGGUCCUUGUACAACUUUUGUAAUUAAGCGUGUACGAGGAGAAAUUUGUAAUUUAACAAGGUUAUCUAAUGCAAAGAUGUUUUCAUCUCUC